GUCAAAAAGAUUAGGUUAGGAUUUAGUCUACUCUGUUAAAAUUCAUGUUUUUUCCUAUUUUAUUUUGAUGUAGACAAUCAAAUUGUAUUAUUAUGAUCAAUUGCACAGUUUAUGAGACAAAAUGCUAAUAAAGCUGUGUUAAACUUCUCAUACCUGAUAAGAAGCUAUUGUUGGUUCUGUCAUGCUCAUGAUGAUCAUAAAGUGAUUAACCACAGAAAAUAGUUUAUUGAACCAUUUUGAAUCAUGAAGUUAUAAGGAAAUAGGACUACCUAAAACUCUAAAAUCAGGGGACCUUCUAGUCACAUAUUUUUCGACACCAGAAUGGAACGCUUGUACAAUGUGAACCUGAUUUGAGAUGUAUUCACCAAGGGAGAAGAUAUUCUGGUUCUCUGUGUUCAGUAGGUGUACCCUACUGUGCAUAUCAUCAAUAUCCAACGCCUUACUACAAGACCAUAGAGCGGAAGGCGUUUUUCUAUCCUCCAUUCCAUGCGAUAGGAACUUGAAUAAACUGCCGAAGAACCAAUGUGACAUUAACCACAGUCCCCUUGACUAUUUCAUUCAUGUAUUUUUCGGAGGACUUGUCAGAUGGGACGCUCACUACUUCCUGCACAUUGCAAAAAAUGAUUAUUCCCAGGAAAAAAUGUUGGCAUUCUUCCCGUUUUAUCCAUUAAUCGUCCGAACAUUAGCUACAUUUCUAAAUAUUUUCUCAUCUACGUUCGUCACUUACGAAUCCCUAUUAAUCUUAACUUCAAUAGUAAUAAAUUUCAUGCUUUUUGUCAAAUCAGCACUGGUUUUAUACGAUUUGAGUUGUGCUGUUUUGAAAAACACUGAACUCUCAUACAAGGCUGCUAUACUUUAUUGUAUUAACCCUGCGAGCGUAUUUUUCAGUGCCCCGUAUUCAGAAACCUGUUAUGCGUUUUUAACAUUCUCAGCCAUGUUAUACUGUGUUGAGAAUAAACUGACAAUCUCAUCAGUUGUCAAUGGUUUAUCUUCAAUGACAAGAUCUAACGGUAUACUAAAUGUUGGGUUUGUGUUACACAAAUUGUUGAACAAUUUUAUCAUUCACUACUCAUCCAAAAGUAAAAGUUUUCUGAUAAGUGCCUCUGUAAUCAUAAAUAACAUACUGACCUGUUUGGGAUCACUUAUAGUAUCGAUUUUGCCGUUUUGCGCUUUCCAGCUAUUCAGCUAUGUGAAAUUUUGUCAUGAAAGUUUGUACAAAAAUGAUAGGCCUUGGUGUAACAGGACAAUUCCUCUAGCUUACAGCUAUGUGCAGGAUUAUUACUGGAAUGUGGGAUUCCUCAGAUAUUAUAGGAUAAAACAGAUACCAAAUUUCCUGCUUGCUUUGCCCCUAGUGUUCAUUAUUAUUAGAAACUCUAUCACAGAAUUUAGAAAGAACGGGUUUUAUUAUGAAAGGAUUAAAUCGCUGUUCUUGACAACCAAUGAACAUCAUCUAGUCUUCAAAGUUCAUGCACUAUGUUUGACAAUAUUUUGUGUUCUAUGUAUCCAUGUUCAAGUAACAACACGUAUGUUGUGCUCCUCUAGUCCAGUAUUGUAUUGGUAUUGUGCACAGUAUUUCAUUGAUGAUGACGACAAAAAGCUAGAUCAUAAAAUGAAACUGAGGGAGAAGUUAAGUUGCAAAGGGAUAUUGAGACCGAAUAUGUUCUCUGCAAAUAAUGAGUUUUCUCGAGUCGAUAGCAAAAGCAACAUGGUCAGUCGGUAUAGGGUAUUUCUAUUCGAUAAAAUUGAGGGGGAUAGAAGGAGAGUGUGUUCCUUAAUUAAGAUUUAUUUUGUGAGCUACUUCGUUAUUGGUACUAUAAUGUUCAGUAAUUUUUAUCCAUUCACUUGAAGGUCACAUUUUUGUGAAAUCAUUCCAUUUGGGUCGAAACAUAGAUAGAUAGACAAUUGCCUUUAUUAAUCACUCUUUGAAAUAUGACAAGUGAUGUGGGCAAAAUUGAGGCAAUAAGGCCCCCUCUUCCACUUAACUCACAUCGUGGAACGGUGAUGAGUGUAUCAACUGCAUGGACAAACUCUAUAGCCUACCAAAAUUUGUAAUUUUUGUACAGUAUAUUGCCAUUAGUGAUCCUAAUUUGUCUUGUUUCAAAUUAUGGUUUAAUUGUUACCAUUUUUAGUGGUACUUUGUAAGCUUUCGAAUAAAAUGUAAAGUAA